UGCCGGGGGAGGCGGGCGGGCAGAGAGUUCGAGUCUUGCCUCCGCGGGCUUGGGACGGGAGCUUCUUGUCAGGGCUUCUGCCGUCUGCGAGGGGGCGAGGGGAGGCGCGGUGGUUCUUUGCUUUCCCCUCUUGCCUCUUUAAUUUUUUUUUGCGCGGAGGCCGCGGCUUUCUCUGUGGGGCGCCAGCCCGCAGGGACAGAGUUUCCUAGGAGUUUGUGCGGACUUGAGGCCCCGGCCCCCCGCCCCGCCGCCGCCAUGCCCGUCUUCCACACGCGCACCAUCGAGAGCAUCCUGGAGCCGGUGGCCCAGCAGAUUUCCCACCUGGUGAUCAUGCACGAGGAGGGGGAGGUGGACGGCAAGGCCAUUCCGGACCUCACCGCCCCCGUUUCGGCCGUGCAGGCCGCUGUCAGCAACCUGGUGCGGGUUGGAAAAGAGACUGUGCAGACAACAGAAGACCAGAUCUUGAAAAGGGAUAUGCCACCAGCAUUUAUCAAAGUGGAGAAUGCCUGCACUAAACUUGUUCGGGCAGCCCAGAUGCUGCAAGCAGAUCCUUACUCAGUACCAGCUCGUGACUAUCUGAUUGAUGGAUCAAGAGGCAUCCUUUCUGGAACAUCAGACUUACUUCUGACAUUUGAUGAAGCAGAGGUCCGUAAAAUCAUCCGUGUCUGCAAAGGAAUAUUGGAAUAUCUGACUGUGGCAGAAGUAGUAGAGACUAUGGAGGAUUUGGUGACAUACACAAAGAAUCUAGGGCCAGGAAUGACUAAGAUGGCCAAAAUGAUUGAUGAGAGACAACAGGAACUAACUCAUCAGGAGCACAGAGUUAUGCUGGUAAACUCCAUGAACACAGUAAAGGAGCUUUUGCCAGUACUUAUCUCAGCUAUGAAGAUUUUUGUAACCACGAAAAAUUCUAAAACCCAGGGAAUAGAAGAGGCCUUGAAAAAUCGCAAUUUCACAGUAGAGAAAAUGAGUGCUGAGAUAAAUGAAAUAAUCCGUGUAUUACAACUAACUUCCUGGGAUGAAGAUGCCUGGGCAAGCAAGGAUACUGAAGCCAUGAAAAGAGCUUUAGCCUUAAUAGAUUCAAAGAUGAAUCAGGCAAAAGGUUGGCUGAGAGAUCCAAAUGCACCUCCAGGGGAUGCUGGUGAGCAAGCAAUAAGGCAGAUCCUUGAUGAAGCUGGAAAAGCAGGAGAGCUGUGUGCAGGCAAAGAACGCAGAGAAAUUCUGGGAACAUGUAAAACACUGGGCCAGAUGACUGAUCAACUGGCUGACCUCCGAGCAAGAGGACAGGGUGCUACACCCAUGGCUAUGCAGAAAGCACAGCAGGUGUCACAAGGUCUGGAUUUGCUCACUGCCAAAGUGGAGAAUGCAGCCCGCAAAUUGGAGGCCAUGACCAACUCUAAGCAGGCAAUUGCAAAGAAGAUUGAUGCUGCCCAGAAUUGGCUUGCAGAUCCUAAUGGGGGCAGUGAAGGAGAAGAACACAUUAGGGGAAUUAUGGCUGAAGCAAGGAAAGUUGCAGAAUUAUGUGAGGAACCUAAAGAAAGAGAUGAUAUCCUUCGUUCCUUGGGUGAAAUCUCUGCUUUGACAGCUAAGCUGUCAGAUCUGCGACGACAUGGGAAAGGUGACUCUCCUGAGGCCCGUACAUUGGCUAAGCAAAUAGCUACAUCACUUCAGAACUUGCAGUCCAAAACAAACAGGGCUGUAGCGAAUACAAGGCCGGUUAAGGCAGCUGUUCAUUUGGAGGGCAAGAUUGAGCAAGCUCAAAGGUGGAUAGACAAUCCUACAGUUGCUGAUCGGGGAGUAGGUCAGGCAGCAAUUCGGGGUCUGGUUGCAGAAGGUCGUCGUUUAGCCAAUGUCAUGAUGGGACCUUAUCGUCAAGACAUGCUUGCCAAGUGUGACCGUGUAGACCAGCUGGCUGCUCAGCUAGCUGACCUUGCAGCAAGAGGGGAGGGAGAAUCUCCUCAGGCGAGGGCAAUUGCUGCUCAGCUUCAGGACUCACUGAAGGAUCUUAAAACACAGAUGCAAGAGGCAAUGACCCAGGAGGUUUCUGAUGUUUUUAGUGACACCACAACCCCUAUUAAAUUGUUAGCAGUAGCAGCCACUGCUCCCUCUGAUGCUCCUAAUAGAGAAGAGGUAUUUGAUGAAAGAGCAGCAAACUUUGAAAACCAUGCUGCCAGACUGGGAGCUACAGCAGAAAAAGCAGCUGCAGUUGGAACUGCAAAUAAAUCUACUGUGGAGGGCAUCCAGGCAACGGUGAAAUCAGCCAGGGAGCUGACCCCACAGGUAGUAUCAGCUGCUCGUAUCCUUCUAAGAAAUCCUGGAAAUCAAGCUGCUUAUGAACAUUUUGAGACCAUGAAAAACCAAUGGAUUGAUAAUGUAGAAAAAAUGACAGGGUUGGUGGAUGAAGCCAUUGAUACUAAAUCUCUGCUGGAUGCAUCAGAAGAGGCUAUUAAGAAAGAUCUUGAUAAAUGUAAAGUUGCAAUGGCCAACAUGCAACCUCAGAUGCUGGUAGCUGGUGCCACCAGCAUUGCUAGACGAGCAAACCGCAUCCUACUGGUAGCAAAACGGGAAGUUGAAAAUUCAGAAGACCCAAAAUUCCGUGAGGCUGUUAAAGCAGCUUCUGAUGAGCUAAGCAAAACUAUAUCACCAAUGGUAAUGGAUGCUAAAGCAGUAGCAGGAAACAUUUCUGAUCCUGGUUUGCAGAAGAGUUUCUUGGAUUCUGGAUACAAAAUUCUAGGAGCUGUGGCCAAAGUCAGAGAAGCCUUCCAGCCUCAAGAGCCAGACUUUCCCCCUCCUCCUCCUGACCUUGAGCAGCUUCAUCUGACAGAUGAGCUUGCUCCUCCAAAACCACCACUUCCAGAAGGUGAGGUUCCCCCACCCAGACCACCACCACCUGAAGAAAAGGAUGAAGAGUUCCCAGAGCAGAAAGCAGGAGAAGCUAUUAAUCAGCCCAUGAUGAUGGCUGCUAGGCAGUUGCAUGAUGAAGCCCGCAAAUGGUCUAGCAAGCCUGAUGUGACUGUGAUUAAUGAAGCGGCUGAGGCUGGUGUAGAUAUAGAUGAGGAGGAUGAUGCAGAUGUUGAAUUCACUCUCCCCUCUGACAUAGAAGAUGAUUACGAGCCUGAGCUGCUGUUAAUGCCAACCAAUCAGCCUGUUAACCAGCCCAUUCUGGCUGCUGCUCAGUCUCUACAUCGGGAAGCAACCAAGUGGUCUAGUAAGGGUAAUGACAUCAUUGCUGCUGCUAAGCGAAUGGCGCUGCUCAUGGCGGAGAUGUCACGCCUGGUGAGAGGAGGUAGUGGAAACAAGCGUGCCCUUAUUCAGUGUGCAAAGGAUAUUGCUAAGGCAUCAGAUGAAGUCACUCGAUUAGCCAAAGAGGUGGCAAAGCAGUGCACUGACAAGCGCAUUAGAACAAACCUCUUGCAGGUUUGUGAGCGAAUCCCAACCAUCAGUACACAACUGAAAAUUCUCUCCACUGUCAAAGCUACCAUGCUGGGCAGAACCAACAUCAGUGAUGAAGAGUCAGAACAGGCAACUGAGAUGUUGGUUCAUAAUGCCCAGAAUCUCAUGCAAUCUGUCAAGGAAACAGUGAGAGAAGCUGAAGCAGCAUCCAUUAAGAUAAGAACAGAUGCUGGAUUCACUCUUCGCUGGGUCAGAAAGACCCCAUGGUAUCAAUAAACACUUGCCACCUAAGUAUUGUUUUCUGUAACAUAAAAAGCCUUUUUUUGGAAACAGAAGCGAUAUAGUAACAGCAAAAGGUGCUGUAUACAUGAUCUGAAGAUUAGCUUAUGCUAAUACCCCAUUAUAAGGGUAUGAAUCAUAAGAGAAAGCUUUUCAAAUGUCUUUGGAAUGCAUUUGAUAUGAAACAGCUCAAAAUUGCUUCCAACAGCAGACAGUUCUUACUUUUUUUUUUGCUUUUGAAGGUUAUCCUCAUGCAUUCUGUCCUUCCAGAAGCACAUUGCAUUUAUGCACUGUAUAUUCCAGUAGUUUCCAUGUGAUGAUACAAAACAUGGAUGUCACUUUAAGCUUGUGUUGAGAGUCUAGGACACUAUUGGUUACUGGGCAGUUUUUUAGAGACAAUCAUUCAUACAGACAUUAAUCUUAACAGGAUUUUAGCUGGCUGUUCUUAAACGAUGUGAAGAUGAUGCAAGGUUUGGGGUUUUUAAUUAAAAAGGGGGGUGUGCAGCAGAAAAGUUGUGAACUGUAAGGAUUAAAAUUCCAUGUUUGCAAUGGUAUUUUUUUGCUUUUGAUUUUUGUCUGGCAACAGUACUUUAGUAAAAACUGGAGCUCUCGCUGUCACCCUCCUGUCAUCCUAUAGGUGGGCAUUCUGAAACUCUUGUACUGUACUGAAAUGCUUUGCAGUGGCUGUUAGUGGCACACUGUUGACAGCUUGAGCCUUAUGGCUGGAGACCUUCAAUUGUGGAACUCUUUGCUUUUUGCUCAGUUCAGUAAUGUAUUGAGCUGAAAAGUCUUGGUUCUCUUUAGCUGCGUGUCCAGUACCAGAAAAUGCCACAUGCUGGCUCUUUCCUUUUGAAAACCAAAUGAGCACAGGCAGUUAGUCUCUUUUUUUUUCUUUUUAAAUCUUCCCUCCAUCUAAUGUUAUUCCAGCCACUCUAAGUGGAAACUAAAGGGUAAAGAUAUUAAAUGAAGAAAAUCCCUUUUGCUUUGCUACCCUUGUUUCCAACAGUGGAUAAACUUUUUGAAACCCAAGCACUGUAGGGACAUGUAGGUAAUCUGAUGGCUACCAGCAAACAGUGGUUCCUGAUGCUAAACAUCCUACGAUAUUUUUACUGUUGUUGGCGUUUGGAGGCUCAAAAUCUUAAAGUUGAAUAUUGAAUUUAACAAAGUCUUGUUGUAUCUUCAAAAAACAAAACACAAACACAAUAAGAAAAAAACCUCACAAAAUCCCUCUCCUCUCCUAGUAGAAUAGACUUGGGAUGCUUUUACUCUUCCAUAAUUGAACAUGCCUCUCUCUCUCGUUGGCAUUUGACAGAAAGGAGAAUUACUGUUUUAGAAUAAGUCUGUACAGUUGCAAGGUACACUUGCAGACGUCUGCCCCUACCAGCACUGACUUCACGAUGCCCUCUUAAUUUGCUGAAAAUUGUUGCAUGAGCAAACCAUCUUUAACAGAGGUGCCCUCUUGGAAAAAUUUUUCAGUCUUAACAGCUUGAAGGAAGAGACACAACAUAGUCCAUUGUCCUUUACCUGUCUGCAACAGUGACUGUACACCUGGACUUAGUCCCCCAACCUCCCUCUUCAUUGCACUGUUGUCUAAAAAGGGAAGUUAAACUGAUUGUAAUACAUCUGCCUCAAACUGAUCUUAGCAAAGGAAAGCAUGUGGUUGUCUUUAAUUCACUCCUUGUGUCUGGUUAUUAUGACCUACGUGGUACUUAGGAUCUUUUCUUAGUAUUCUCUUCCUGUAAUUACCUGCAACAGGAAGAGGAAGGAAGGGGUGCCGGAGCCUUAACUUGAAUGUCUCGCAUUUGGUUGGUGUAUACCAGAUCUUUAACAUAAUUGUAAUGUAGUAAUUUCUAUUUAAUAGUAAAUAACACUGAAUAGGUAGGGGUUAUUUGUAAGGGAUUUUCUAAAUAGUCUUCCUCUAUUACUUUCCAAUGCUUCUCACAUUUCCUCCUUCCUCCCUAAAUUCAGGCUUUGAGAUUUCUUUUUUUAGCAUCACUCUUGAGUUGCUUCACUGAUAUGCAAUAUUAAUAAUGCCUUUAAUACAUAAUUGUUUAUGCCAAAGAUCACUUUUUGUUUAUUGAGGAAUGUCUGCAGGAAAGUUAUCAAUCGUGGUUGCCUUUGAUAUUUUUCCAGAAUGUUUGCUUUUAAGUUCUUGAACUGUUUUGUAGAAGCUAAGAUACUUGUCCACUUUUUGCAGUUACUGCUUUUUUGAACACUAUUGGCCUUCAGACCUGAAAUAUAGCAAAAAUUUUAAUAACACCAUGGAUGACACUUGGAAAUGUUUUACCACUCUAAAACCUUCUUUAUAAACCAAAAUGUAUUGUAUAUGUUUUCAACCUUACUUUGGUUCUGUUAAAACAAUAAAAACGCAUUUCUACAAAUA